UUAACAUGCCAAUGAAACACCUAGAUUCUUUUCUAGUCAAUGGCAAAGAAGAGAGGCGUUGGAGUCCUUGUUCUCAUCAUGGCGCUGUCCGGGUGCUAUUUGCUAGGGUUCCAAGGAAAGGAUCGCGGGGAUCGCAUUGGCGGUGGUGCUCGCCAUGGCAUCGAGCGCGAGCGAUUUCUUCGCGUUCCACAGAUUAUCUGGGGUCUCAACAACCAGAAGAUCGCGCUCGCCCGGGCUGCUCUCACCGCUAGGUAUCUCAACAGGAGCCUCUUGAUGCCCACUCUCAGUGCCUCGCUCUCCCAUAAUUCCUCCUCUCCAGCGCAGACGAUCCCCUUCGACGCGGUCUUCUCGCUCGAUUCUUUCAACUCGAGGUGCUCCGGGUUUGUGAGGAUCGCGCGCGAGGCAGAUGUGCCGGAUGGAGCGCCGGCGGUGGAAGUGAUCAAGGGAAGCGGGCGGAGAUGGACGGCAGCUAGGGAUCUAGAGCAUCUGGAAGAAUGUAGGAGGCAAGAUCACGAGGUAUUGGAGAUUCUUGGCAAGAAUCCCUUCUUGUGGCCGGAUCACUGGGCGGUAAGGGAAUACGUGACGAUCUUCCAGUGCCUGGAGCUGACGAGCAGCAUAAUAUCGGAUGUGGAGUAUGUAGCAUCGAGAUUGGAGCUGGCAUCGAGCUCUCGAAAUCCAUCCUAUGUCGCGGUUCACAUGCGCAUCGAGAGGGAUUGGAUGAUCCAUUGCCGGAACACCGAGAAGCGAGCGCUGGAGAAGGAAGGGAAGAAACUCUCCAUCUGUAGCAGCAAGGAGGAGAUCAUCGAUCGCGUGAGGAGGAUCGAGAGUUUGAAGCGGCCGGCAUUGGUAUAUCUGGCAGUGGCGGAUGUUCUUCUCGAGGAGGGCGAGAGCUCUCUUCUCCGCGGCUGGGGAGAGGAUCUAGUGCCGGUGGAGAAGAAGAAGCUGGGGGUUUUGGAUCGCUACGCCAGGCAUCCUUACUUGAUCCAGGCCGCCAUAGACUAUGAGAUCUGCCGCCGAGCCACAGUGUUCGUGGGCAACAGCUUCUCCACUUUCUCCAGCUUGGUGGUGCUCCAGAGGACUCUCGAUGCGCCACACUCUUGCGAAUCGUCCUUCGCCUACAAUCUUGUGACGGACAAGGGCAGUGCGCGGCCAUGGCUGGCCGACCUCUCCAAGGCAUCGCUGAGCGAGAUCUCGUAUGAGUCACUUGAGGUUAGCUGUGCUGUGACGCCCGCGCCCUAACCCUAUC